AUUCAGUUACUGAAGUUCAGCAGGUCCUUCUUCUUACUUCAGUUCUCGCCAAACACGGAUUCUGCACGAUUCGCGAUUCUUCCCAGCAAUGCCUCUCGCUAGCCUUGUCAGUGCGACACACGUCGUCCAUGGAGUCGGAGCCUCGCUCCGUUGCAGCUCAUGCCCGGCGAGCUUCGCUAGCUCCGCUAAGCGAACACUGUUACACAGGCCAGAAUCGUUUUCCUUCGCAGCGUCCUCCGGCAUCCUCCGCCCAAUUCGCUCUCCCCACAAUCCACCAUCCCUGCUGACUCCACGCAUUAUCGCCGGCAAUGCCGCCGCAGGUGGCGGCGGCGGCGCCGGUAGCGGCGGUGGGCGCAAGGGCAAGCGUCGCCCGGGGCAGAAGGGCGGAUCACAGCAGCAGCAAGAGCGGGGAUCGACGGAAAAUCAGUCUACUAGUACCUCAGAUCCCGCUUCCGAAAGCGAGAACAAGGGUCUUCCCGAUGGCACCAGCGCUAGUGGCGGCGAAAGCGGCGCAGCGAGCGCUGCGAAGCGGCGCAAGCCCAAGGGCGCGGCGAAGGGUCCCGCUGCGCGCCGAUGGUCAUUCGAGCAGCUGAUGGCGGUAUGGGAUUCGCAGUUCCAACGGGUGAGCGAAUGCGACGGCGCAGGCGCAGGCGGAAACGAUAAGCCCACUGUGCGUGAUAUUGUGCGUGUGGCGGCUGCCGGACAGCAGCAGUUCGGCCGCGGCUGCGUGCUCGUGCAGAUUCACGUCCGAGCCAAGCUCCGAGGCUCGGCGGCGGGGUUCGGCGCCGGGCCAGGGGCAGCAGGCAUGGGGAAGCGGGGGGCGGGGAAGGGGAAAGGGGGGGCGAAGGGGAAGGGGAAUGGCGGAAAGAAGGGGGAGGGAGAGUGGGAUGAACCUACGGCUGAAGUUCUAGAGGCAUCUGUUGAGUAUGUGCCACGUGGCAUGCUUUUAUUGGAGGAUGAUGGGAGGUGGGGGAUUACAGAGGAGACAGGGAAUGAGGCAGACCUUUGGGAUAUGAACAAAGGGAAUGCUGCUUCAGCAGCAGGAGAGAAAGGCGAAGCGGGAACAGCAGGAGCGGCAGGAGAAGUGGGACAGGAGAGAGGAAGAGAGACGGGGGAAAAAGAGGAGGAGGUUCCUGUGGUGUCACGAGCUGAUUUGACGGGAAUGGUCCGGUGUGCGGGCGAUUGCAGCCGACUGCUACAACUCACUGCACCAACUAGCACUGGCAGCAGCAGCAGCAGUAAUGGUGGUUCAUCUCGCCAAGACGAUGUAUUCGAUGCAGAGCUGGUGGAGGGGGGGAGAAAGACAGACGAGAAGGGAGGCGACGCAGGCAGAUAUCAGGGUCCAGGCGAGGAGGAGAAUGCAGGAAGUAGGGCGGAUUGGGGUGGGGAGGCUCCGUAUGACGAGCGGCGGGGCGAGUUUGUCCUGGUGCUGUGGCUGCACAUGGACGGACAGGCUGUUGCUGGAGCAGACGUGGUUCGGGUCUGCUCCCUGGCUGAUUCUGAGAGGAGGUUUUCUUUGGUGGAUCUCGCUGGUCCUGCUAGGGGAGAUGAGGUGAAGUUGGUGGUGCGUGAUCUGGAGGGGGUUGAGGAGGAGGAAGAGGAGCUAGAAAUAGUAUAGCCACAGUCUGUGAAGUUGGAAAACGAUUAUGGUAUGUCAAUUUCAAGCAAGAGCCCCCUGGGUCUCAGAGUACAAUUGUUGAGUAGAAUAAGAGAUACCGUACAAGGUGGUUUUGUCUAAGGGGUUGUACUCUCUAUAAGACUGCACCUCAGGGCUGACGUUAUCAG